AUGAUCCUCCCCCAGAGCAAUGCGGCUUCGCCACUCUUCGCCCACUACAUCCUGCCCCUUUCAAUUAUCCUUCUCACUGUCCUCCCCAUCAUAAACCUGCUCCGUAUCCGCUACCGCCGCGGUCUGCGCGAGAUCCCAGGCCCUUUCUUCGCCAGUAUCCUGCCCUUUGAUCGCAUGCUCAGCACCUACUCGGGUCAUCAAUUCCAACGACACCUUGAGUACCAUGCCAAGUACGGGAACUUGGUCCGCGUCGGGCCUAACCAUGUCAGUCUGGGAGAUUCGGAGCAGAUCUCGAAUGUUUAUAGCAUUACCAGCAAAUUUGACAAGAGCGGCUUCUAUACCCUUUUCCAUGCCAAAUCACCCGUUGGCCCUAUUCCCACGGUCUUCUCCAUUGUCGACCCUGUCGGCCAUAGGAACCUCAAGCGGCCCGUGGGCGCAGCAUUUGCCCUAAGUUCUUUGCUCGAUUUUGAACCCCUGGCCGAUGACUGUACACGGAUUCUGGAAAGCAAACUCGAUGGCUUGCAAGGCAAGCCUAUUGAUUUUGGGACGUGGUUACAUUGGUACGCAUUUGAUGUGAUCAGCAGCAUCACCUUCUCCAAUCGACUGGGUUUCAUGGAGAGGGAGGAAGACGUGAAUGGCAUCAUCGCAGCAAUUGAGGGUCGGCUGUUUUACAACUCGAUCAUCGGCCAGGUCCCGAGCCUGCACAAGUGGCUUUUAGGGAAUAACACCAUCUCGAAGUUGGCAGACAUGGUACCCGCCAUCAAGAGACUGAAUUCAGCAGCGUACAUUGUCCAGUUUGCUGCGAGACAGUUGGAGAUGAGGCGGAACGCCAAGGCAGAGCAUGGAAGGUCCGACAUGGUGGACAAAUUCAAGAUGACCAGAGAUGGCGAGGAAGUCAUGAGCGCAAAGGAGCUCUUGGGCCAUGCGAGCUCGAACGUGUUCGCUGGUUCUGAUACAACAGCCAUUUCGCUCCGGGCGCUGUUCUAUCACCUCUGUAAGAACCCACACGCGUACAAGAAAUGCGUGGAUGAGAUCCUCGAUUUUGACGCUCGCGGCGAGUUGUCCGAGUAUGUCACCUACUACGAGGCGCAGCGCAUGCCAUACUUUCAAGCGUGUAUGAGAGAGGCGCUGCGCAUGCAUCCUGCUGUGGGACAACUGCUUGAACGGGUUGUACCACAGGGCGGAGCCACAAUCGACGGGGUCUAUCUACCGGCAGGCACGAUUGUGGGUAUGAAUCCAUGGGUGGCCGCGAGGGAUAAAGCAGUGUAUGGACAUGACGCGACCAUCUUCCGCCCGGAACGGUGGAUUGAGGCCGACGAGAAGACUCUGAAGCUGAUGGAUCGAAACUGGCUUGCUUUCGGAGCCGGCUCACGAACGUGCCUGGGCAAAAACAUCUCCCUGAUGGAAAUGUCGAAGCUGGUGCCGCAGCUGCUGCGUCGGUACCACGUCCAGCUUGCGGAUCCCAACGCCGAAUGGGAGCUGUUUGAUUACUGGUUUGUCAAGCAGGAGGGCCUGAGGUGUAUCCUGACGAGGAGGGAUGGAGAGAAGGAGAGAUAG